CCUCCCCUCCCCGCCCCGCUCUUCUCUUCCCGUCUGAGGUGGCGGCCGGCCUCCCUCCUCUCCAGCUCCGUUCCGGCUCCAGCCCUGGCUCCCCGUUCCCGUCGGGCCCCGACACCGGCCUGAGCGCUUCCCCCGUGGCUCCAGGGCGGCCGCAUCGCCGCUGGCCCCGCCAGUCCCCGCCGCGCUUGUGCUCUCCCUGGGCCUCGGUCCUCGCCGCCCCCCGCCAUGAAUGAGGAGUACGACGUGAUCGUGCUGGGCACCGGCCUGACGGAAUGUAUCCUCUCAGGUAUAAUGUCAGUGAACGGGAAGAAAGUUCUUCACAUGGAUAGAAACCCGUAUUAUGGAGGAGAAAGUGCAUCUAUAACACCUCUGGAAGAUUUAUACAAAAGAUUUAAAAUACCAGGAGCACCACCAGCAUCCAUGGGAAGAGGAAGAGACUGGAAUGUGGACUUAAUCCCUAAGUUCCUCAUGGCCAACGGUCAGCUGGUGAAGAUGCUGCUUUAUACAGAGGUCACUCGCUAUCUGGAUUUCAAAGUGACUGAAGGGAGCUUUGUCUAUAAGGGUGGAAAGAUCUACAAGGUUCCAUCCACUGAAGCAGAAGCUCUGGCAUCUAGCUUAAUGGGCCUGUUUGAAAAACGUCGCUUCAGAAAAUUCCUAGUGUACGUUGCCAACUUCGAUGAAAACGAUGCCCGAACUUUUGAGGGCGUCGAUCCUAAGAAGACCGCCAUGCGAGAGGUGUACAAGAAAUUCGACUUGGGACAAGAUGUCAUAGACUUUACCGGCCACGCCCUGGCUCUCUACAGAACCGAUGACUAUCUAGAUCAGCCAUGUUGUGAAACCAUUAAUAGGAUCAAACUUUACAGUGAGUCUCUGGCAAGAUAUGGCAAAAGCCCGUACCUUUACCCCCUCUAUGGCCUUGGAGAGCUGCCCCAGGGAUUUGCAAGGCUAAGUGCCAUUUAUGGUGGUACAUACAUGCUCAAUAAACCCAUUGAAGAAAUCAUCGUGCAGGAUGGAAAAGUGAUUGGUGUGAAAUCUGAAGGAGAGGUUGCUCGCUGUAAGCAGCUCAUCUGUGACCCCAGCUAUGUCAAAGACCGGGUCGAGAAGGUGGGCCAGGUGAUCAGAGUCAUCUGCAUCCUCAGCCACCCGAUCAAGAACACCAACGACGCCAACUCCUGCCAGAUCAUCAUUCCCCAGAACCAGGUCAAUCGGAAGUCAGAUAUCUACGUCUGCAUGAUCUCCUCCGCGCACAACGUGGCCGCGCAGGGCAAGUACAUCGCCAUAGUCAGCACCACCGUGGAGACCAAGGAGCCCGAGAAGGAAAUCAGACCAGCUUUGGAGCUUUUGGAACCCAUCGAGCAGAAGUUUGUGAGCAUCAGUGACCUCCUCGUACCGAAAGACCUGGGCACGGAGAGCCAGAUCUUUAUUUCCCGCACCUACGACGCGACCACUCACUUCGAGACCACCUGUGACGACAUCAAGGACAUCUACAAGAGGAUGACCGGGUCUGAGUUCGACUUUGAGGAAAUGAAGCGCAAGAAAAACGACAUCUACGGGGAAGACUAAGCGAUGAGCGCGCCCGUCUGACAGACGCAGGUGGCGCGGGCCGCGCACCGUCCGCAGUGGCUGUUGUGUCCCAGUCCGUACUCCUCCCCUUCCUAAUAUCAUGUAUUAACUCGUUCUCACGGCCUGGCUCCUCCGAAUUGGCAGGUUACCGCAUUCUGUUCAGUUUAACCGAUACUGGCUUUUUUCUUAGUGAAGGAUCAGUUUGAAGACGACCCUGUGACCCUGACACAGAGCACCGAUACAGUAUUUGUAUCUUUUAAUCAGUGUAGCCUCCGCGGUCGUGUGCUUCUGCCGCUUGAGAGCCGGAGCGGCCCCAUUCACGUGCCAUCUGUCCCACUGGCAUUGCGAGGCCCACCAGAUAGUCCGUGACUUGGGACAGCAUCCCUGCGUGGCCCCGCCCCUCUACGUCUGUGUCCCGUCAGCUGUUAGGACAGGGCCACGGAACACAGCCACAGGUGGGGGUCACGCGGGCCCACAAUUCUAACCCAACUCCAGACCCGAGCGUCAUUCCGAGGGAAGCCUCUGUGCGGUGUUUUCACCUGGUAAAAUUGGUAAGAGCAAAGGGGAAAGAAAUCUGUGGUACAGCAGGUAAACGUAGAAGCUUCUUUUGUACCCCAGGUGUGGCUUCCUCAACGGACCAAGCUGCGACGCAGUAUUGAUUUGACAGAGCCUCCGCUUCAGGGAUGUCUGUCUCAGACGGCUCCAGAUGAUUUCUGUACUGCAAAAUAAAGCCAAACUCUGGAAACCA